AUGAACCUCAAAAACGUGAUGUUGAGUGAGGAUCAUGGGCUGCUGUGGCUGUUCUGGGAGCUGUGGGGGCUGCAGCUGCAGCUGUGGGGGCUGUGGGGGCUGCUGCUCCAGCUGCUGUGUGCCCGUGUGCUGCUGCAAGCCCGUGUGCUGCUGUCUGCCUGCCUGUUCCUGUUCCAGCUGUGGCUCGUGUGGGGGCAGCAAGGGGGGCUGUGGUUCCUGUGGCUGCUUGCAAGAUCUGAGGCUCUGACCACAGACCUCAGCUGUGGGGGCUGCGGCUCCAGCUGUGGGGGCUGCGGCUCCAGCUGUGGGGGCUACGGCUCCAGCUGCUGUGUGCUGGUUUGCUGCUGCAAGCGCAUGUGCUGCUGUGUGCCAGCCUGUUCCUGCUCCAGCUGUGGCUCGUGUGAGGGCUGCAAGGGGGGCUGUGGCUCAUAGGGGCUACAAGGGGGCUGUGGCUCAUGCGGGGGAAGCAAGGGGGGCUGUGGCUCAUGUGGGGGCUGCAAGGGGGGCUGUGGCUCAUGCGGGAAGCGAGGGGGGCUGGGCUCAUGUGGGGGCCGCAAGGGGGGCUCUAGUUCCUGUGGGGGUUGCACCUGUUCCUGCUCCAGCUGUGGCUCAUGUGGGGGCCAUAAGGGAGGCUGCAGCUCGUGUGGGGGAUGCAAAGGAGGCUGUGGUUCCUACGGCUGCUGCCAGUCCAACUGUUGCAAAGCCAGCUGCUGCUCCUCAGUCUGUGGACAAUCCUGCUGCCAGUCGAGCUGCUGUAAACCCAGCUGUUGCUCUUCAGGCUGUCGACAAUCUUGCUGCCAGUCUAGCUGCUGCAAACCAAGCUGCUGUCAGUCCAGCUGCUGUGUCCCUGUUUGUUGCCAGUUCAAGAUCUGA